AUGGGGUCGCCACAUAAUCAGAGUGGCUGUUUUAACGAUAGUGUUAAUCUGACGGUGUACUCGCAGACAUUCAAGUGUUCCAAAAUUGAGUUCAAUGCCUCAACAUGCCUACCUUUACAAACGCCGGAUGAGAUAGCGACUAUUGAGACACUGUGUCAAGCAGCUGAUGUUAUCUUCAUCACCGGAUUAUGUUUUUCUGUGAUCACCGGAAUAAUUGGGAAUGUUUUGGCUAUCCUUACAAUUGCCUCUUUACCAAGAUCCACGGCAACGUUCUUCGUCGGCCUUCUGGCUGUCUCCGACCUUGUCGGGAUCUGCAUUCAGACAGUGGUAUAUUUCCUAGACAAACACCGGAUGUACAGUCGAGCAACACAAUACUGGGAUGUGUUUCCUAUGCUCUAUGACAUGGUUGCCUCCUACUCCAACUGGCUUCUGGUGUUGAUUUGUCUGGAGCGGUAUGUUACCAUUCGCUACCCGCUCCACAAACGCUCCUACUUUACCAUGAGACAUUCAAAAAUGGCCGCUGUGCUUCUCGCUCUUGCCAUCAUUAUAGUUUACAACAGCGUCACUUGGACGUUAGGAUAUGAGAACAUGAACCUAUAUAUCAUUCGAAAUUUGCUUUACGCCGGUCUACCUUUGGUGUUCAUUCUAGUGACCAUCGCUUUGAUCUCACACCAACUUCGGCGUGUUCAUCAAGGCAGAAAACGGUUAAGCUGUCAUGCUCCCCUGCAAAUAAAUACUCCAGGAUUAGCAGAGAUUCAGCGAACCGUGACACCUUCUCGCCGACGUUCUUCGACACCGCUACAAGAAAUAGCUAGAAUUGAAAACAGCGUUACAGCUAUGAUGCUCGUCGCUGCUGUCUGUUUUUCCAUAUUCACACUUCCUAACUGCAUUCUCUUCUACACGUAUCUAUACUCGACUGUUCACUGGAAUACCCCUAUUCUCAGAGCUCGCUGGCAAUUGUUUCAGAAAAUCUGCAAAGUGUUGACUUUCCUCAACCUUUCAAUCAAUUUCAUACUAUACUUCUUUAGCGCCAAAAAGUUUAGAACUCAGUUGUUCAAAGUUAUGUCACAGAAAUCGAUGUAUUUUUGGCGUCGACAAAAGCAGCAAAUCCGGACACUUAACAACACAAAAACAGAGAACAGUCACCGUAUUGUGUAUGUACACUACGUCAUCUGCAAAAACAUAAUCCAUAAAGACUUGUAUCGAGCAGAAGAGAUUUCUCAGAAAAAAGAAAAACUGACAACGAUGUGA